AUGGAGGUCGAUCGAUCUAUCGAACUGCGUGCGGUUGAACAAGGAGGAACGAUGUCGUCGUCGCCGCCGUCGGAGCUGGAUAUCAUGGAGGAGUAUGUGGAGACGGUGAAGGAGCGGGAGUCGGAGGCGAAGCUCAAGGACGUGAACUUGGACGAUUGGCUCCCCAUCACCUCCUCGCGCACCGCCAAGUGGUACUAUUCCGCCUUCCACAACGUGACGGCAAUGGUCGGCGCCGGCGUGCUGGGCCUCCCGUUCGCCAUGUCGCACCUCGGCUGGGGCCCCGGCGUGGCGGUCAUCGCCAGCUCCUUCGGGAUCACGCUCUACACGCUGUGGCAGAUGGUGGAGAUGCACGAGAUGGUCCCGGGGAAGCGCUUCGACCGGUACCACGAGCUGGGGCAGCACGCCUUCGGGAAGAAGCUCGGGCUCUGGAUCGUCGUGCCGCAGCAGCUCGUCGUCGACGUCGGCACCGACAUCGUCUACAUGGUCACCGGCGGCCAGUCGCUCAAGAAGUUCCACGACCUCGUCUGCAACGGCCGGUGCGAGGACAUACGCCUCACCUUCUUCAUCAUGAUCUUCGGUUCCGUCCACUUUCUGCUCUCGCAGAUGCCCAACUUCAACUCCAUCUCCGGCGUCUCGGCCGCCGCCGCCGUCAUGUCCAUCUGCUACUCCAUGGUCGCCUUCUUCGCGUCCGUGCUACACAAACACCCUGCUGCAGUUGGAGCCGUCGACUACGGGCUCAAGGCGGCGACCACGGCGGGGCACGUGUUCGGCGCGCUCAACGCCCUCGGGGCGGUGGCGUUCGCGUUCGCCGGCCACAACGUGGUGCUCGAGAUCCAGGCCACCAUCCCGUCCACCCCGGAGCAGCCGUCGAAGAAGCCCAUGUGGCGCGGCGUGCUCGUCGCGUACGCCAUCGUCGCGCUCUGCUACUUCUCGGUCGCCUUCGGCGGGUACUACGCCUUCGGCAACUCGGUCGACCCCAACAUCCUCAUCACGCUCGACAAGCCGCGGUGGCUCAUCGCCCUCGCCAACCUCAUGGUGGUCGUCCACGUCAUCGGCAGCUACCAGGUGUUCGCCAUGCCCGUCUUCGACAUGAUGGAGACGGUGCUCGUCAAGAAGCUCAAGUUCGCCCCCGGCCUCCCGCUGCGGCUCACCGCCCGCUCCGCCUACGUCGCGCUCACGAUGCUCGUCGGCAUGACCUUCCCCUUCUUCGACGGCCUGCUUGGGUUUUUCGGAGGCUUCGCGUUCGCGCCCACCACCUACUUCCUGCCCUGCAUCAUCUGGCUUAUGCUACGCAAGCCCGCCAGAUACAGCGUGACAUGGUUCCUCAACUGGAUAUUCAUCGCCAUCGGAGUUGCGCUCAUGCUGUUGUCCCCGAUCGGCGGGUUGCGCCAAAUCAUCCUUGACGCCAAGACUUUCAAGUUCUACUCUUAA